AUGCUUAAACUAAAUCGUGUUGAUAUUAUUCCUUCUCUUUAUCAAAGAUCAAUCCCAUUCUUGUCUUUGGCUGAAGCGAAUAUUGCUUGGAAAGCAUUCUAUGAUCUCAUGAAACCCCAAGUUUCAUUCGAACAAUUCAAGGAUGAACAAACACGUUUGUUAGUUACUUCACGAAAAAAAUCAUUUAUUUCUCCUCAACUUAUUUCUAAACAACCAUCCCCACCUGUUCAACCACUAAGACAACAAUGCCACCCUUCUUUCCAACAACACUCUUCUCAGUACCCCCAACAAUUUUCUGUUCCUCAAAAUAUGUAUCAAGUCCCAAUGGGCUAUCAGUCAAUUUCUCAACAACCUUCUUACAUUAAUCAAAUACAACAACCUAUGCCUAUUCCCCCAAAACCAAUUGGAUAUUUACCGCCUUCAUAUCCACAACAAUUUUAA